AUGUUUUAAGAUUAUAAUCUAGAAGUGCAAGAUACAUGGAAUAUUGAGUAGAACCUUAAGGAAAAAUGGUUGCCUCUCUAUUAAAAGGAUACUCAACUAGCUAUGAAGAUAUUAAUUGCUCUUAAAAGUGAUAUUCAAAAAUAGAUGACUUCUUUUAUUGAUUCAUCAAUAGAUUAUAUGAAAAGUUUGGAUGAUUAAGUCUAAUAAUUGGAACUUAAAUCAAAUUAAAUUGCAUCUUUCCUUUACUAACUACCUUCCAAUGUUUAUAGUAACCCUAAUAAAUUAAAUUUAUUAAUAUCUGAAUAAUUAGAGGAUGGAGAAAGGAUCAAAGAAGUUUUGAAGAAUAAAUUAAGGAAUUUUGUAAAUUCGGAAGCUUUAAAUAACUUAUUUUAGAAAAUUUCACAAAUAAAGUUCGACGAUUCAAUCAGAAAUUUUAAUAGAAUAUUUUUACCUCAGUAAAAGUAAAAAGAUGGGACUUGGACUUGCGAACAACACAAAGAAAGUAUAAGAUAUGUUUAAUUAAAUGGAGAAAUAUCUAAUAAGCUAGCUUGUGAAUACUGUAGAUAAUUAAAUAAAAAUGGAUAAUACAUUACCAUUUAAAGUUUGAAAAAUAGAUGGAAUGAAUAUAUACUAGAAACUGCAAGGUCUUUUAAUUUGGCCUAGAACAAAUUGGCAUAAAAAUCACACAUCAUUUUCUAAACAAUUAACUCAUUACAAUUACAUUUUCAAAAGUUAAUUGAUUAAAUCAAUUAAUAAUUGAAUAAUUAAACUAAUUUCGAAAAUGAUUAAUUUCACCAACAGUUUUACUUGAUGCAGUAAGAAUGGACUGAAUUAUCCACAAGUUAAUUAGUGGAUGUAGCUUACAUCUGCAGUUAGAGAAAUUAGAAUGAAUAAAUUGAAUAGGAGUUUAAAUAUAAAGACAUCCAAAUCUCGAAUAUAUUGAAUUAAUCAAAAUGUUUUUCUAAUAUGCUGAUUGCUCAGUUUGAAUCAUUUCUCAAGUAUUGGAAUAAGCCAUCAGUCAAUGAUUUUCAAAAUAGUGAGUUUGUUGAACCUACAAAUUAAGCUAUUCCUUUGAAUUAUUAGUUACUGGAGUAAUAUAAUGUUAAAGAAGAUAAAUGCUUAUCAUUUGCUUUCAAUAGUGAUUCCAGCAUUUUGGUGGUUGGAUGCAAUUGUAUUAUUAAGGUAUUUGAAUUUAAACAAGGCCAAUUAACUUUAAGAUAAAUCUUAAACGACCACAAAGAUUAUGUGAGAUGUUUAUACUUUAUGAAUAGGACUAAUUAAUUCAUUUCGGGUUGCAAUGACUGUAAAAUCAUGAUAUGGUCUUGUGAUAGUAACAACCUUUGGUAUUGCUAAUAGGUUUUGGAAGGACAUACUGAUUAUGUAAGGGCUGGAGUAAUCAUGAAUAAUAGAGAAGACCUGAUUAUCUCUGGUUGUGAUGAUCGUUCCAUAAGAUUCUGGUCUAAGAAAGAUAGUCAAUGGUAUUGCAAAUAAAUACUAAAUGGUCAUUCUGCCGAAGUACGUAGCUUAAGUCUCAACCCUUCUUCAACUUAACUUAUUUCUUGUUCAACUGGAACUGAGAUCUUUUUGACUUAAUAUUCUUAAAAUAGGAAACUAUGGUAUAUAAAUUUGAUUAUACCUACAAAUAAGUGCGGAUAUAGUUUAAGAUUUAUUAAGGAUGAUUUAUUCACUUUCUAACCUUAUGAUUAAGCAGUUCUUUAGAUAUAUAAGAGAGAUUAAGAAACGCUAAAUUUCUCGAUCAUCUAAGAGCUUAAAGUAUACUCAAAAGAUAAUAGAUUGGAUUUUUUUUCUUAAUAAAUGAUUGAAGAAAAAUCUAUUCUAUUACACAAAACUGGGAACACCAUUAAUAUUAUUUAAAUCAAUCAGAAAAAUAAUGAAUUUUCUGUUGUGCAAUCAAUUUAAAGUUCAGAUGUUUAUCUAUAUGGUGCUAUGACUAGAGAUGGUAAAUAUCUAGUUACAUGGGACAAUGAAAGUAGAUGCAUCAGAAUAAGAAAAUAUCAAUAAUGA